AUGCCAACCACACGACCAAUGACUGCAAUACCAAAAGUUACUUCGAUGGACGAUAAACAUUGUUAUAAAGAUUCAACAAAAAAAGACAUACCAUCAACUUCCAUAGAAGAUACAAGCCAAGAAAAUGGAUAUGCCAGUCCAAGCCACAAAACCCAAAGUAAAACACACCGAGUAUUGGACGACUAUUCCAUAAGCAUGGAUGGUAAUAAUUCUCACUAUUCGACGGAAGACGAAAGUGAACAAUUCCAUCCAGCUAGCGAGAACCUUGACCCCGAUGUUGCCAUGCAAGGAUCAGAUAAUGAGGAUAGUUUGCUCCAAGUUGAAAACAAUGGCCCAUCAAUAUUACGCGAUUCACCCUUACCUUCGGAGUUACCCGAGUAUUCACCACCUGACGAUUCACAACAGUGUGACAGAGGUGAGAUAACAAACCCAAAUACUAAAAGUGCAUCUAAAGAUACAUCACAAUGUAAGCAAAAUACAAAUGUUCAAGCACAUAGUGCUUCAACUUCUGAUCCUACCGGAGAAGCUACUGCUUCAGAUACUAGUAGUAAUCGAGCAAGAAUUAAGCCAAAAAAAGUUCUCGGUAACUAUACGCUAACAAAGACAUUGGGUGCUGGCAGCAUGGGGAAAGUAAAAUUAGCAAUACAUUCAUUAACAGGUGAAAAGUUGGCUGUUAAGAUUAUCCCGAGGGUACUUCCAUCAGACAAAUCUCAAGAUAACAAAGACAAGGACACAUCUAAAGAUGAUAAUAAGGAAAUUCGCACCAUUCGAGAAGCUGCAAUAAUGCUUUUGUUGAACCAUCCUUUUAUAGUUCAACUUAAAGAAGUAAUGGUGUUACCACACCAUUACUAUAUGUUUUUCGAGUAUGUUAAUGGCGGUCAAAUGUUGGAUUAUAUCAUCAGCCAUGGAAAAUUAAAAGAGAAACAUGCUCGAAAAUUUGCCAGGCAGAUAGUAAGCGCAUUAGAUUAUUGUCACAGAAAUUCUAUAGUACAUCGAGACUUAAAAAUUGAAAAUAUCCUUAUAUCCAAGUCCGGCUCUAUUAAAAUUAUUGAUUUUGGGCUAUCAAAUUUAUAUUCACCACGCUCUCAUCUUUCAACAUUUUGUGGUUCAUUAUAUUUCGCUGCACCAGAAUUAUUAAAUGCAAAAUUGUACACUGGACCCGAGGUUGAUGUAUGGAGCUUUGGAAUUGUCCUUUACGUUCUUGUCUGUGGUAAAGUACCAUUCGAUGAUCAAAGCAUGCCUGCCUUGCACGCAAAGAUUAAAAGGGGUGUGGUUGAAUAUCCUGGAUGGUUAAGUAGCGAUUGUAAACAUCUUCUUUCGAGAAUGCUUGUUACCAAUCCAAUGUAUCGUGCUACACUUGCUGAAGUAAUGAAUCAUCCUUGGAUGAAUAAAGGAUACGAUGGUCCUCCCGAAAAUUAUUUACCCUCAAGAAGUCCACUCACUCUUCCGCUAGAUCCUGAAGUUAUUCGCGGAAUGACAGGCUUUGAAUUUGGUACCGAGCAUGAAAUAAAAGCUCGCUUGGAAAGUAUCAUUAAAAGUGAUUCUUAUCAAGGUUCUAUUAGAGCUCAACACUACAAUAAUAUUGGUGGACCAUGCGACAAUAGAAGAAGAACCAGUGGCUUCGAAUAUUAUCGUAGAAAAUUAUCGGGUUCUAGCGUUUCGGUUCAAGAAGACAAAAUUUCGGCUGAUCCAACACAAGCUGUUCAUCCAUUAAUCUCAAUUUAUUAUCUCGUUAAAGAAAAACUUGAACGAGAUCGUUUAAUACAACAAGGUGGUAUUCCUCAAUUUGGUUCUUCAUCUUCACUUGAUACAAAUAGCUUGCAAGUACCCUACAUUUCUAUGCCUGACCCAUCCUAUUCAAAUGACGCUGGUUUUGAUAACAUGCGUCCAGUUGUAUCGCCUGGGACAAGUCCAAAUUCACAAGUGAUAAGACGUGCAACUGUUCCUUCCGGAACGAGACCUCGCUCACGUACUAGUGUUGAAGGUGAUAUGAAAAAUACUUCAGUAGGUACACCUGUUAUAAAAGAGAAAGAAAUUCCCGAAGAAACAAUGGAUGAAGUUAGUGGUGAGUUGAAUUAUGGUAAAAAGAGCAUUGAACUAUCCGCAAAUCGUGGCAGUGCUGGCGGUGGACUAAUUAGGCGCUUGAGUUUAGCUAUAGUUGGCCAACCUCGUGAUCCCGUAUCAUCUCCAUCUUCUCCAAUCUCUCCAACACACACAUCAUCAAGAGGCCAUACGGAACAUCGUCGCCAUGGAUCCACUCCAAAUGGUCCAAAGAAAGAAAAUCCUAAUCAUUUCUCCCACAGGAUAUCAACAAUAAUAUCGAGGGCCACAUCCAUUUCCGAAGCAGAUUAUCGACGUCAUAGGCAACGAAAUUCUGUUGGAAAUAAUAGGCCUCAGAGUGUUAUUAGUAGUACUAAUGGUAAUAAUGGUACAAGUGGAAAUAAUUCGACAAAGAAUUCUAGUAUUAAAGGGCCUGUUGGUGUUUUACCACAAUUGGUUGAGCCAUUAUCGCAACAUAAUCCACAGUCUGAUAAGUCUACAACUGUUUCAAGUGCUUCUCCUAACAUAAACCGUUCUUCACAUCAACGAAGCACUUCUAGCGGUGCACCAAUGACCAUAAAUGUUAAUCCAAAUGCGAAUCAACAAAUUAUUGACAAUGAUUUCAAUUUUCCACCAUCAUCAUCUCCACACUCACCUUUACCAGGUGGCACCGCUGAUUCAUGGAUUCGGCCGGUAUACCUAAAAGGCUUGUUUAGCGUUGCAACAACUUCCACAAAACCUCCUUCAAUAAUUCGAUUAGAUCUUAUAAGAGUACUUGAUCGAAUUGGUGUCAAGUGGCGUGAGGGUCGAGGUGGCUUUGAAUGUGUUCACAUACCGAGCAUUGACUUAAAGUCUGUUGUUAUUUCCAACUAUCCCCCGGGAGGAAUCACAAAUCAUCAUCACACUCAUUUUAAUCGAAAUGAACGUAGAGGCAGUCACUCAUCCGGUAAUUCUGCUGCUUCAACUUCAUCCUCAACAUCAUACAAAGAUAGUUACGCUCAAGGACAAGAUCUUCGUUUCUCGGCUGAUGGCGAGGUUCGACUUUCAUUACCGGCUAAUGCACAUUCUGGUAAUCAAUCCGGUAACGAUUCUUCGGUAUCUAGCACUGCUAAUGUUACGGAUCUUGUUGUGAGAUUUGAGAUUUUUAUUGUUAAAGUUCCCCUUUUACUUGGAGUACAUGGAUUACAAUUCCGCAGAGUUGCUGGUGAUCCAUGGCAAUAUAAAAAUAUGUGUUCGAAAAUUUUGGGAGAGUUGAAAUUAGAGAGGUCUUCGCGGAAUAAGGAAAGUCAACGGUUUUCUUAUAUUUUACCCGCACCUAGUAGUACGGCUGUGAUUCCAACUAUGGAGGAGGUACUUAAUGGCCGACUUACAAAAAAGGAAAAGGGUCAUAAAACCGAAGAUCUUUUAGAAACCAAGCACCGCGUUGUUAAAGAAAAGCAAAAAAUAAAAUCUUCACACAGUAUUAAUCGUUAUGAAUGGACGGAAACUUUUCGAAGUAUACCACUACAACCUCCUAAACUUCCACGGCUACCUACCAUGGAGGAGAUACUGAACGUGAACCGGCGCGUCAAGGUAGAAGAGCCUGAAGAAAAUUAUGAUUCUUCAAGUGAUUCGUCUCCAUAUUCCCCAUAUGAUUUUUCCCAAACUUUACCUCUUAUGGAGGAAGUUUUAGAUGCGAAGCGUAGUUUCACAUUCGAAGUAAAGGAAGAGAGAUAUUCUUCUACCCCCGCUACUUUUUCUCAAAUAUUAUCUACUCCUCAAUAUUCAAGAAAAUCUUUAACAAAAAUGGACACCAUGCCUACAAUGGAGGAGAUAUUGAACAGGAAAUUGACAGAGAUACCAGAUUACCAUAUCGCGACUCGGUCAUCCAAGCGUAAAGCAAAGUCAGAUCCACAGAUCCCUGCCCCAUUGCCUGCUUUAUCAACUUUGUCAACGGUCCGUAAAGUUGUAGAAAACAUAGAUCCACCUACAACAUAUACCUUCAAGAUGAAGGUUCAAGAUUUUGACAAACAAAUUCCAAUUUUACCUUCCACCCACAAAACAAAAGUAGAAAACAUCGAUAGACCAAUAUCCAAUUCACAUACUGUUAUUAAAGCCAAGACAAAUAUAGCACCCUCGAUAGCCAAGGGUGAUAAUACCUCCAAAUCCACCGCUCCAAAAAUCUCUACUUUUAGUGCGCCUGGAAAUCCUAAUGUAAAACCAUGUUAUUCGUACUCUUCUUUGAUUGGUCAGGCAUUAAUGCAAGCUCCUGGAAGGACACUUGCUCUAGCAGAAAUCUAUAAGUGGAUUUCGGAUACUUAUCCUUUCUAUAAACAGGAUCAAGAUGGUUGGAAGAAUUCUAUUCGUCAUAAUCUUUCUCUCAAUUCAGCUUUCAUAAGAGUACCUAGACAAGAGGAUAGAUUGCAUUGUUGGACUAUUAAUCCUGAAGAAGAACAUUGUUUCAAAAAUGGCGUGUUCACUCCAAUCAAAAAACCGAAAGGUAAUAAGCGAGCUCGUACCAAUGCAUCAAGUAACGAUUCUAAUGAAUUGAAAAUAAUCGAUUUUGAUUAUGCUAGAAGUAAUUCCUCAAGUCAAACGAUUGUAGAUAUCGACUCAAGUGAUUCAACUAUUGUCGAUUCUGAUUCAGGAUAUUGCGAUUGUUCGGUUUAA